GGCACAAAUAAAGUGACCACGGGAAGCAAGGGCGGGGGUUUCUUUCUUUUUCCUAGUUUCUCUGGCUCUGAGCGAUCCUCUCCUCGUCUGCCUCUCUGCCCCCUUCGCCACUUCGCCUUCGAAGCCCCGAGAGAGAGAGGAUUGAGAUCCCUAGGCGGCGAAAUCUGGGGUUAGGGUUUCGUUCUCGUGGCGGCGUCGGGCGAGCUGGAGGCGAAGAUGAGCGCGAAUCCGGCACCGGCGAGCUCACAUGGCAACCUCGACGAGCAGAUUGCGCAGCUCAUGCAGUGCAAGCCCCUACCAGAGCAAGAGGUUAGGGUGUUAUGUGAGAAGGCAAAAGAAAUUUUGAUGGAAGAGAGCAAUGUUCAGCCCGUGCAAAGCCCUGUAACAAUAUGUGGUGACAUUCAUGGGCAAUUUCAUGAUCUUGCGGAACUAUUUCGAAUUGGAGGGAAGUGUCCCGAUACAAAUUACUUAUUUAUGGGCGAUUAUGUAGACCGUGGGUACUAUUCUGUUGAAACUGUUACGCUAUUGGUGGCCCUGAAGGUGCGAUAUCCACAACGAAUUACCAUCCUUAGAGGAAACCAUGAGAGUCGUCAGAUUACUCAAGUUUAUGGAUUUUAUGAUGAAUGCUUGCGAAAAUAUGGUAAUGCAAAUGUGUGGAAGAUCUUCACAGACCUUUUUGAUUAUUUCCCACUGACAGCAUUGGUUGAAUCAGAAAUAUUUUGCCUUCAUGGUGGGUUGUCUCCAUCUAUCGAGACCCUUGAUAACAUACGCAACUUUGACCGCGUUCAAGAAGUUCCUCAUGAGGGAGCUAUGUGUGAUCUUCUAUGGUCUGACCCAGAUGACAGAUGUGGAUGGGGUAUUUCUCCCCGUGGUGCUGGAUAUACCUUUGGCCAAGAUAUAUCUGAGCAAUUUAACCAUACCAACAACCUUAAGCUGAUAGCCAGAGCUCAUCAAUUGGUCAUGGAGGGAUAUAACUGGGGACAUGAACAAAAAGUGGUUACCAUAUUUAGUGCUCCUAAUUAUUGCUACCGCUGUGGGAAUAUGGCUUCCAUCUUGGAAGUUGAUGACUGCAAGGGGCAUACGUUUAUCCAGUUUGAGCCAGCCCCCAGGAGAGGAGAGCCCGACGUAACUCGUAGAACACCUGAUUACUUCCUAUGAAGCAAUUAUUGAAGGAGGUGAUUUGCAGAUUUCUGGAAACAGGUCUAUGCUUGCUAAAUGAGGUUGUGAAGCAGAUAUUUCCUCAAGAUUCUAUGAUCAGAUUGACAUUUUUAUUUCAGGCUGCUGUGCUCGGUGGUUUGUGGGGAAGGGAAUGUAUAAUUGGUGGGAGGGUUCCAUUUGUUUCUGAGCCACAGACCUGUAAUUGGUUUCCAUUGUGGUCAGAGGCAGCAGAGCUGAUAUUGCAGAGUCGGCAGCAGCAUGUAUCAUUUUAAAGAGAACUACAGCUUCCCUCUUUUGUUGUGGUUUUUGUUUUCUUUUUUCUUUUUUCAUUUCCUUUUUUUGAUCUUGUAGAGGGGAAGAAUUUUGAAUUUAGGGGGUGCUUUGCUCAAAGUAUUAGAUAUAACUGAUUUAUCUGCAA